AGCUCCACGCGACGCCAUUUCAAAACAAAUGCGCGGCAACGAUUUUAUUUUACCCCGCAACAUUUGGUAAGAAGUCGCAAAAUUAGUCAGAUCAAUUAAUAAAAAUGGGAGCAAAGGCAACCAAAUUGGAAGGUGAAUAUCUGCCGGAUACGCCGACAAUAAACAAAAUGCGCCUGGCCAGCGAAAAUCGAGAACAAAUGGAAAUGACGACGCCGAUUCGAGAGCAAAACAACGCCUUACUCGAUCCUCGAUCACCAAAUGGCUGUCGCACGCCUUUAACCUUCUUGCAGGCGUCGAAGCCUAGAGUCGAGAAGGAGGAGCAGCAUGUGACCACCAGUGAGAAUGCCUUUUCCAUGCUGAGAAAACGGUUGCUCAAGGGCUUCUCCCUGAAUGAUCCUCGUUCUCCUCAGCUGAAUCGCACUCCCCUCGUCCUCGAUGAGGUUCGCUCGCUCAAUCUGGAUGACACCUUUGCCGAUCUCUUCGUGGACACCAGAGUGGGUACAGCACAAAGGGCGGUGCCUGCCACGCCUUCCCAAGUGGAUUUGGAGGAGAGUUGCGAUAGCUUCGGCACACCGCCGUCUGCUGCACACAACAAUAGUUCCCUGGAGAUUGUUUCACUGCCCUACGAUCAGGAGGAAACCUUACCUUGCGAGCAUCAGCUGCUGCCGUAUCAGGAGCAGGAUCAAAAUCAGGGUCAGGUGAAAGUAACCACACCUCCUCCAGUACAGCAGCCCCAUGAUGAUCCCCGCUCGCCCAGCCUGGGCGUCGAUCGCACACCCAUCAUCUUCUGUGACGACGAGGAGGAGGAGGCACGGGAGGCCCAGAUGCUGGAGCACAUACUGGAAACGCUAACCUUGAAUCUCAGCACUGGUAGCAGCAUGGCCUCCUUUGCCGCUGGCGAGGAGCAGCUACCAGAAGUGCCGGCCAACAAACAUUUGGAGCGAGUGCGUUUGGGUCACAAGCGUCGGGUGCCACCGCGCAAGCCCGCCAGGGCCAACAAGCCAAAGAUCUACGUUGAUCAGGAGGAGGAUUCCUCAGGGGCCAUAGAGUCCAUUACGCCCAAGACGAACAGUACCCCGCUGUCCGGUCAAAAGCGAACUCCACUCAGUUGUGUUAAGAAUAAGCCGCAUCUGCGAUCCCGUUCUAUGGAAAAGGAUUCCACAAAGAAUCAGAUUCCUAUCGUGCAGAACUUCAACGAUCAACUGCGGCUAAUCUCUGGCGCCGAGGGAUUUUACGGACCCGUUUACUAAUACAGUUUAGUAGCUACAAUUGCCUUAUGCCCACAAAACCCACCAAUUCAUCUUUUCUCACAAACACAUACGUUUCUUACUCAUCUUUUAAUAAAACAUUUUAUUAGUUUUCUUGCCAGUA